GCCUUCUAUUGGGUUUGCUUACUCUCAUCUGGAAGCAGUGACAAUAUUUAACCCGCCUUCACCAUAUUUUCAUUGUUGAAGUUUCUGGGUUGCCCUCUGUGUAGAGAAAGUCCUGCCAAUUAGCAGUAAUUCUUCAUUAUGUUCUGGCGGUCACUGUGCCGGCUAGUUUUGGGUGUGGAUAAUGACAGUGAAUUCUUGCUGAAGUCGCUGUCCUGGCUCAUGGUCUCGCUGGGGGGUGUCACAUUCGUGCUCUUGAAGUUCGUCGACUUGCCGUACGGGAGGUACGCUUGCAGCAAGUUCGGUUUUCCUGUCAACGUGAAGAUUGCUUGGUUCAUCCAGGAACUGCCAUCUCUGACAGUGCCCCUCUACCUGGUGUGUUUCAGCACUGACAUUAACCCUCUGUCGCUUCCCAAUCGCUUGCUUCUGGGAAUGUUCAUCGGCCACUACAUCCACCGGUCCUUGAUAUUCCCUUUCUUAAUCAAAGGAGGAAAGGCAACACCCUUCAUUCCUUUCGCAUUAGCUUUCACAUAUUGUGCGUUUAAUGGAUAUCUGCAGGCUAGGUUCCUAAGCAAGUAUGCCAUCUACCCCUCAAACUGGAUAACUGAUCCACGCUUUCUCACAGGCUUUGCGCUCUGGUUUUUUGGACUGUCGGUAAACCUACAUUCUGACCAUAUACUCCGAAAACUACGAAAACCUAAUGAAACAGGAUAUAAGAUCCCACAUGGGGGAAUGUUUGAAUAUGUGUCUGGCGCCAACUUCCUUGGAGAAAUAAUAGAAUGGACUGGGUUUGCCAUAGCUUGCUGGUCACUGCCUAGUGCAGCAUUUGCAAUAUUUGGAUUUUUCAUUCUUUCAUCUCGGGCGACACAACAUCACCGAUGGUAUCUGGAAAAAUUUGAAGAUUAUCCUAAGUCCAGAAAGGCCUUAAUACCUUUUGUGUAUUAAAAUAGCAAAUAUUUAGAAAUGGUUAGAUUCUUCACUGGAAACGUCAUUGACCAAUGAGACACUGGUGUACAUACAUCUGAGAUCAGAACUAAGUCCCAUUAAAAUCUACAACUUGUCAACUUCAGUAUAAGAGCCCAUUAAACUGCAGGAACAAUAUUAAACACUUCUGUAGAACUCCUCUGACCUGUUUAGUCAACUUUUACAAGUGUGGAAUCUCACUGCUUUAGGGUUAAAUAACUUAAAGAGCCAUUUAAAUUUAAAAAAAAGUCUGUAGUCUUUCUGUUCAAUCUUAUUUCUUUAAUGCAACCCCCCCCACCUCUCAACAUUAUUUCUCUUUUCACCUGUUCUGACAAUGUCUGAGUUUCUCUUUGGCAUUCCAUGAUUCAAAGUCUCUACUCAUUAAAACUCUUUGCAUCUGAUUGUGGAAUUAACAGUUGCUUGCUGCUUUUA